AUGGCGACACCGGAAAAGGAACACAAGGCGGGCAAGGUUUAUGAUGCACCUAUUGAGCUACCCAAGUGCGCGCAUGCCUCAACCCCCCCUCCGCCAGACGAAUACGGAGAAAUAGUUGAGGUCGUUGUCGGAGAUGACAGAUUAUUCCCAAAGGAAACUUUUCAGGUCUUUGAUGGACUUCUCAAGCAUUACUCCUCGUACUUCCGUUCAGCCCUCAAAGAAGAGUGGAUCGGGAAAGGUGCAAAGACAAUUGCAUUACCAUUCGACAAGCCAAACGUGUUCCGAGCGUUCUAUAAUUGGCUGUUCGCCAGACAGCUGUAUUCCCGACUCUCUGACGAUGGAUCCAUUCCCAUGAGCGUCCAGCUAAUCUGUGAGGUUUACGUCUUCGGCGACGUUCGUGGCGUGUCAGAGCUAUGUAACGCUGCCAUAGACCUCCUCUUUCAGCGAAACUCCCAGAGAUGGGAAUUUCCUGAAGAUUCACUGGCCUACAUCUACGACAACACAACACAUGCGUCCCCACUACGCACUUACAUGGUCGAAUAUGGAGUCGAGAAGUAUGAUUACGGCAGAUCAAACGUGGGAAUAAUGGACCUACCACAGGAACAUCUCGCAGAAUGCCUAUUGACAUUAUGCAAACAGCCAAAUACCACGACCACACUGGCCAGGCUGGAUCCACGGAUGCAAGGCUUGAGAGGAAUGCCAGCGCGUGACUCGUUCAACUUGACACAAGCGACAAGUAGUCAUCGGGGCUCAUCAAGAACGACAAUCUCACAUUUCACUACAUUUUCAAAUUCGAAUUCACACAAUGUUUAA